AUGGCCCCUUCAAAGAAACAAAAGAUUUCCAAAGCUGAGAAGAAAUUAUUAGCAAAAGAAAAAUCUAAGAAAGCACAUGCAGCAAGAGGUUUAGGGACUGGUAGCCAAAAUAAUUUCAUGCUUCCGUCCAACUGGAAGGAGAAAACAUAUGAUAACAACAAGCGACUACGUUUUGUAAGCCCUGGGAAAACCGAAUACAAAAUGCAGAGGGGUGUAGAGAAAGCUUUAGUAUCGAGAAAUUUGAAGGAUUGCUUCAAAAACCUUCCUGAAACGUAUUAAGAGGAAAGUGUAGGUGAUGAUGAUUAAGAUUAUGUGCCAAGUUCAGAACAAAAUACAUCCAUGGUUAGGUUUAAUAAAGACAAUCAAAAUGUAGAAAGAAGAUUAUUUGUGUGCUCAGGUUGCUGACCUUGUUAAUCAAAUCAACAAGACUUCUAAAUGCUCCACAAAAGAUUGUAAUGGUAGGUGAACAUUGCAUUAAUUAUUUAUUAAAUACACUCUAUGUCAACACAACUUCUUAAUAUAGUAAAUUGUAUUUGGAUGUGUCAUUAAAACUUGUCAUAAUCUCAUGUAGAUAAAUAAAAAAUGUAUUGUUAGGAAAUGAAAUGUUGGAUUAGAUUUAUUAAAUUUGUGAGGUAUUUAUCAAAAAUUUUCUUGAAGUUAAGAAAUUAAAUGGUAAACGUUUUUGGGACACUUCUGACACAUGACUGGCAGUGGGUCAAUAAAUUGAUUAGUAUCUCAUUCUCUCUUUUCCAUCAACAGGCAUUCUCAUGGUUGCAAAGGUCGAGACAAUAGGACUGGGUGGAACCCUGAAAAUUGCAUUCAGUUGCAACGGUUGUGAUAUGCGGACGGUAAAUUUUAAUGGUUUGGCCCUUGUUGAAGGUUCCAAACGUACAGUAGUUGGUCUGGCUUUGGCAGUGGCAUUUUUUAUUACAGGACAUGGCUAUGCUAAGUUUUCUAGGACACUUCGUCAAUGCUUGGGAAUAAGCUGCAUUUCUAAGAAUCAUUAUUAUGAGAUAAUAAAGCUACUCUACCCACAUGUGCGAGACAUUUUGAAUGAAAUGUAUGAUGACAAAGGAUGACAGUGAAUUAGGAAGUUGAAAACGUGCAGUUGUUACAUCUGAUGGAGUAUGGCAUAACCGUGGAUAUUUUAGUAAAAAUGGAUCAUUUAUUGUAAAGAAUUACUUCACAGGGGGUAUUUUAUGGUAUGGGCAUAAAUGUAUGCGAGGUAAAGAUGACAAUAUAGAUGAAGAGUUAUUCGCAGGAACAUCUAAGCAAUGGAAGGAUGUCUGGCUGAAGAGUGCUACAAGGAGGCCAAGGAUGAAGGAUGUGAUGUUGAAGUCGUUUGGCAAGAUGUUGACUCAAGUGCAGCAAAUGCAAUCAGCAUGCAAGUGGCAUCCGAAAGGUGAAAUUUACAAGUUUGGUGGGAAUGUGGGUAGAACUCAUUGCAACAAGCUCAAAGAAGUAGCCAAGCAAAAGGAGUUUUCAGCUACCUUGAAAAAGAAAUACCAAGAUCAGUUCCCAUCAGUCCCCUUUUAUUUUACUCAUCAAUGGGGAAGCUCUGCAGCUUAAUGGGUUAACCAUGUAAGAAUUUGACAAUGUCUCUAUUUUACCCAUUGAGCUGUAAUGUGCCCUGCCUAUUUUUUUACUUGUCUAACACCAGACGAUUUUACUUGUCAGUGGGGAAGCUCUACAGCGUAAUGGGUUAAACACUUUGAGUGGAGAGUAUAUUUAUUGUUUUGAAUGUUAAUUUAUGACCAAUACAAGAAAUUAUUCUGGGAUCUAUAUCCCGAUCUAUAUAAAUUUUUAAAAGAAUUUAAAAAUUUAAUUUUGCAAAAGAACAGACAGGGACACUGGAAAAAGUAUGAAUUAUAGGUGGAAGUGGAUGUAAUGUUGAAAAUAUAUAUGUGAAAUUUUCUAUAUAUUAAUUUAAUAAUUUUCAAAAGUAAUGGGUGAGAAAAAAUGUAGAAAAAAAUGUUUACCAUUUUUUUGGUGAAAUAUUGUUAUGGAAAAUCCCCCCCCCCUUUUUUGGCAGGAAAAGAUUCCAGCUGCCCCUCCCCUCCCCCCCCCCGCCACAUUUUUCAGAAACAAAAUAUUAAUUUGUCAUUGAAAUGAUUUGCCCUUAUGUUGACAUUGCCCCCUGUGCCAUAUACUCGCUCUGGUGUCCCUGGUGUUUAUUACAUUCAUAUGUUUAAUGAUAAGAAAUAUUGUCUUGUUGCUGUCUCUCCAUUUACAGGUUACAUUAUAUAACAUCAACAAACUGUGGCCUUUGUCAGGGAAACAUGUCAUGGUGUUUCAAAAUAGAGGUCCAAAAUACCACUGGCUUAUAGAUCUUUACGACAGAAUUCACCUUCCAGUAAUACCUGCAGUCAUUGAAACCCUUCAGAAAGAGGUUGCUGCUAGAAUGAAAGAGGUAGGUAGAGGUAAAACAGAAGGCAAAAGAAGGGCAGAAUCUGCAUGAAGGUUGCUAGAGCUGAAGACCAAGAAGCAAGGAAAAAGUGGCUUAAACGAAAGGAGCUACAUCAUUCGUAUGGCACCAAUGAUGCAGAUGAAGGAGUAGAAGAGGAUGAGGAUGACCCAAAUCUCAUUGCUGGUGCAGUAAAGGCAAUUACAGGAGCUGAACAAAGUUGCGGGACAUUGACUGUUGUAAGUGGGAAAAGUUGUCGAUGUGGGUCAAAAGAGCACCGCCGAACAUCACACUCCCUGUGUCCUUUAAAUCCAAAAAACAAAGGAGACUGA